UUCCCAAUACUGAUUUAUUGAAUCAGUGGGCACCAAGAACAAAGCAUCACAAUUCCACCGACCACUGCUCCGGUUUGUGGUUUCAUCUGCCUGUGUUUAUUGGUAAGCAGCUGAUACCUUCUCUUCCAACCUGCCCUGCAACCUCACCUUUAUCACUCAAUCUCUCCAAAUUUACCUUCUCCUCCUGCUGCUGCUGCUCCUCCUGCUGCUGCAUUGUUGGAACAGGAAACAAAAUGUCUAAAAACAUGGAGAAUGUUGCUGAAAACCUUAUCCACAACAUCGUUGAAACAGUUACCGACACAAUCCAACAUCAAACCUCGAAUCCUGAAGAGCAGAACAGGACUUCUGCCAGAGUGAAAAAGCUGUUCGGUCGCCAGAAAACUAUCCAUAGGAUCUUUGGUGGUGGGCAAUCUGCUGAUUUGCUGCUAUGGAGGAACAAGAAGAUCUCGUCUAGUGUCUUGACCUGUGCCACAGCCAUUUGGGUUCUCUUCGAAUGGCUGAACUACCAUUUCUUGACGUUCUUAGCAUUCGCUCUCUUUGUCAUAAUGCUCGUUCAGUUUGGUUGGUCUAAUAUCUCCGUCGUGUUGAACAGAUCGACGACUCAAGUUCCUAGAGUUGCUAUUCCUCAAGAUGUAUUUGUUAAUGUUGCUACUUCACUUGGUGCCCAAAUCAAUCAAUUUCUGAACUACAUUCAAGAUGUUGCUUGUGAAAGAAACUUGAGACAGUUCCUAGUGGUUGCAGCAAGUUUGUGGGCGGCUGCUAUCGUAGGAACUUGGUGCAAUUUCCUAACUGUUAUUUACGUUGGAUUUGUUUGUGCUCACACACUGCCAGUUGUGUAUGAGAAAUAUGAAGACGAAAUCGACGAGUUCUUGUAUAAGCUCCUUGGACAAGUCCAGGACCGAUACAGCAAAGUGGAUGUGAGUGUGCUGAGCAAACUUUCCAGGGGAAACCUCAAAUCAAAGAAGGGUGAUUAGAUCGGAGAGUCUGUGAUCGGUAUGAUGUAAUGUUGUCGAAUAAAAUCAAAAACCUCUGACCGAAUGAAUUUGAACGGCAUUGGAAAUGCAUUUGUGAAGCCAUAUGAACAAUUCAAAUUGCUAUGUUAACAAAUCCACCUCCAUUUUGGCUUCACAUUGUCAACUAGUAUUUGUGUUUGUGUGUGUUCGAUUCUAAGUGAAUGAUGAUGUAUCAUUAGCAAUCA